CAGGGCUCACAGCAACAAAGGAGCCAUGUCCACCAUUACUUAUAUUUAUAGCGUCCACACACAAAAGGCUGGCGGAGUUUUCCCAGUCGCCCCUCCUCAGAGAGCCCGGGAAUGUCCUCCUCACACAGAAGGGGGGCCGCAAGGGGGAUCGUGUCAGCUCUGACUGGGAUUAUGUCAUUCCGCACCAGGCUUUUUUUUUUUCUAACUUCUUCAAAGUGCUUCCUUAUGGGGCUGAUUGACAGCAAAGCUCCAGAGCAGAGUAUAUAAGUGACUGAACGCUUCUCCUUCAGCAUUCUGGACAAGCUCCCCACCAGACACUAGAGACCUCUGAGGAAACCAUUACAAGAAGGAUAUUUGCAUUGGAAGCCACACAAUUUAUAGCACUUUAUUCAGCUGCAGAUAGGAGUUAUGCUGCAAAGAAAACUGGUGUGGUUGCCUAUAUUUAUUACAUUCUGUGUUUCACUUCAUGCUCAAGAUGAAGAGAAAGAAGAUGAAACCACUUUUGAUCUGUUUGACAUCAGUAACAUAAACAAGAAGACCAUUGGAGUCAAACUGUUUCGUGGACAGGAUCCCCUUUCUCCAGCAUAUCGUUUCCUACGCUUUGAUCACAUACCGCCUGUUAAAUCUGAAAAGCUGAAACAGAUUGUUGACUUGAUGCAACUAAAUGAAGGUUUUAUCCUUACUGCUUCCAUGAGGCAAGACAAACUUAACCGAGGAACAUUAAUUGCUAUGGAGGGCCCCGGCAUUUCUAACAGAUUAUUUGAGCUUGUUUCAAACGGAAAAGCCAAUACUCUUGACCUAAUAUAUUGGGUAGAAGGUUCGCAAAAUGUGAUUUCCUUCGAGGAUGUUGACCUGGCAGACUCUCAGUGGAAAAAUAUUACAAUUCAACUGACUGGUGAAAACUUUAAUCUGUAUGUUGGUUGUAACCUUAUAGACAGCUUCCGCCUGGAGGAAACCUUCUAUGAACAUUUAAUAGGAGCAAACAACAAAAUGUAUUUGGCAAAGGGCUCAAUACGUGAAAACCACUUUAGGGGACUGCUUCAGAAUGUUCGACUGAUAUUUGAAACCACAGUUGAGGAUGUUUUAAGAAAUAAAGGCUGUCAGAUAAGCCACACAGGUGAUAAUGCAAUCAGUGAGAAUACAGAUAUGAUCCAUCUCACCCCCAUCACCGAAUAUGUGGGGAAAAAAGAAGAUAGACAAGUUGACUUCUGUGAUCGAUCAUGUGAAGAGCUAGGGACUAUGUUUACUGAAUUGUCUGGACUCCGUGUUAUUGUCAAUAAUCUGCUGGAAAACCUUCAGAAAGUGUCUGAAGAAAAUCAGGAGUUGUGGGAGCUGAUUGGCCCCAACAGAACCCUAAGGAAUCAGUCAGUGUGCUGGCAGGAUGGGCGCAUCUUUGCCGAUAAUGAGGACUGGAUUGUAGAUAGCUGCACAAAAUGCACCUGCCAGAGUUCAAAAACAGUUUGCCACCAGAUCACUUGCCCAACCGUUCACUGUGCCAGCCCAUCGUUUGUGGAAGGAGAGUGUUGCCCAACUUGUCUGUCAUCAGACAGUGAAGCUGGCUGGUCUCCAUGGUCUGAAUGGACAGAAUGCUCUGUAACUUGUGGCUCAGGAACUCAACAGCGUGGAAGGUCAUGUGAUGCUACCAUUAGCACAUGCCCUGGUUCAUCAAUCCAAACAAGAGCGUGCAAUCUUGGGAAAUGUGAUAACCGCAUACGACAGGAUGGUGGUUGGAGUCAUUGGUCACCAUGGUCAGCUUGUUCUGUAACUUGUGGGAUUGGUAAUAUAACUCGUAUUCGUUUGUGCAACUCUCCUAAGCCACAGCUUGGAGGCAAAAACUGCAUUGGAAGUGGACGUGAAACAAAAGAAUGUGAAGGUGUACCAUGCCCAAUUAACGGUAAAUGGGGACCUUGGUCACCUUGGUCAAGUUGCACUGUGAGCUGUGGAGGAGGCCUACGAGAGAGGUCUCGUAUCUGUAAUAAUCCCAUGCCAAAAUAUGGAGGAAAGAAAUGUGGUGGAGAUACUAAAGAAAAAGAAAUGUGUAACAAGCAAGAUUGUCCUAUAGAUGGAUGCUUAUCCAAUCCUUGCUUUCCUGGGGCCGAAUGCAGUAGCUAUCCUGAUGGAUCCUGGUCAUGUGGAGCUUGCCCUGUUGGAUACCUUGGCAAUGGAACAUUUUGUGAGGAUCUUGAUGAGUGUGCACUGGUGUCUGAUGUCUGCUUCAGAUUGGGAGGUGUCCAUCGUUGUGUGAACACAGAUCCAGGUUUCCAUUGCCUGCCAUGCCCACCACGCUAUAAGGGCAGUCAACCAUUUGGUGUUGGAUUAGAAGUUGCCAAGAAAGAUAAACAAGAAUGUGAACCAGUAAAUCCAUGCAAGGACAAAACUCACAACUGCCAUAAGAAUGCAGAAUGUAUUUACAUCGGCCACUUUAGCGAACCAUCCUUUAAGUGCGAAUGUCAAACUGGGUAUGCAGGUGAUGGCAUAAUCUGUGGAGAAGAUACAGAUUUGGACGGAUGGCCCAAUACUAAUCUUAUUUGUGCUGCUAAUGCUACAUAUCACUGUAUUAAGGAUAAUUGUCCCAUGCUGCCUAACUCUGGACAAGAAGACUUUGACAAGGAUGGCAUUGGUGAUGCAUGCGAUAAAGAUGAUGAUAAUGAUUCAGUAGAUGAUGAAAAGGAUAAUUGCCCUCUGCUUUUUAACCCUCGUCAGUUUGACUAUGACAAGGAUGAAGUAGGAGAUAGAUGUGAUAACUGCCCUUAUGUGCACAACCCUGCUCAGAUAGAUACUGAUAAUAAUGGGGAGGGUGACGCUUGUUCUGUGGACAUUGAUGGAGAUGACAUCUUAAAUGAGCUGGAUAACUGCCCAUAUGUAUACAAUACUGACCAAAUAGAUACAGAUAAAGAUGGAGUGGGUGACCAAUGUGAUAACUGUCCUCUGAUGCAUAACCCUGACCAGACUGAUGUGGACAAUGACCUUGUGGGAGACCAGUGUGAUAGCAAUGAAGACAUUGAUGAUGAUGGUUACCAAAAUAAUUUGGACAACUGUCCCUACAUACCUAAUGCAAACCAAGCAGACCAUGAUAAGGAUGGAAGAGGAGAUGCCUGUGAUUCAGAUGAUGACAAUGAUGGUAUCGUAGAUGAUCGGGACAAUUGUAGACUAGUCUAUAACCCUGAUCAGCGGGAUUCCAAUGGUGAUGGGCGUGGUGAUGCCUGCAAGGAUGAUUUUGAUAAUGACAGCAUUCCUGACAUUUUUGAUGUCUGCCCAGAAAACAGUGGAAUUAGCGAGACAGACUUUAGAAAAUUCCAGAUGGUUCCUCUGGAUCCUAAGGGAACAGCACAGAUUGAUCCCAAUUGGGUCAUUCGCCACCAGGGCAAAGAACUAGUUCAGACUGCUAAUUCUGAUCCUGGAAUAGCCGUGGGUUAUGAUGAAUUCAGUGCAGUGGACUUCAGUGGAACAUUUUUUGUGAACACAGAUCGGGAUGAUGACUAUGCUGGCUUUGUUUUUGGUUAUCAGUCUAGCAGCAGGUUUUAUGUUCUCAUGUGGAAACAAGUCACACAGACAUACUGGGAAGAUAAACCAUCCAGGGCCUAUGGUUACUCUGGAGUUUCACUAAAAGUUGUCAAUUCUACAACAGGCACUGGUGAGCACUUAAGAAAUGCUCUUUGGCAUACCGGAAAUACACCAGGAGAGGUGAGAACAUUGUGGCAUGAUCCCAAGAAUAUAGGCUGGAAAGAUUAUACUGCAUAUAGGUGGCAUCUAACUCACAGACCAAAGACUGGUUAUAUUAGAGUUGUUGUCUAUGAAGGAAAACAGAUCAUGGCAGACUCUGGCCCACUAUUUGACAAGACCUAUUCAGGUGGACGGCUGGGAUUGUUUGUUUUUUCCCAAGAGUUGGUAUAUUUCUCUGAUCUCAAGUAUGAAUGCAAAGAUUUUUAAGAAAUAUUUGUGCACUGCACAUCCUAUUUGACCAAGACACCUGACCUCAACUCAACUUAGGACUCCCAUCUGUCAUCAAAAUGACCUCUUUACUGCAGGCAUGGCAAUUCCUCAUGUAACCUAAGGACAUUGUUAAAGAAGAACAGGUUGCAAUAUUGCAGCCCAUUAUCUGAGAGACCAAGUAUCCUAAUUAUUACUAGAUUGAUAAAUCAAGAGUUUAAAAUGGAUGAUUUGUGUAAAAUGAGUCUUGGAAUUUAAAUUUGUUGUAUACCAUUGUCACCAUUGCUUAAUUCCUUGUUUUCAAUUUCUAAUUUAAUACAUGGAAUUGUUUCAUGUAAAGUGUAGGUCUAGCUUUAUUUACACGCCCUAGGUUUAAGGUUAUAUUCACACUAUGUAUUAUGAAGUGUAUUUCUAGAGAAAUACACAUUUUCUGUGUGUAUUUUGAUCUGUUUUGUGCAUAUUUGAUAUGUAUUUUCAAGUGUAUUAAAAUACACAUUGGGGGACAUUUAUCAAUGUCUUUACACCACAGUAGUGGAGUAAAAAAGUAAAAUUAUAUGGCACACGCCAUAUUUGCACCAUAGUUUGCGACUUUUACAGGAAAGCGGCGUAGCUUCAUUCUGCCUGCUAGAUUUACUAUAAAUUAUGCAAGAAACUGGCAUAAGUUACAGCUGAAGUCUACCACAGCCCCUUACUGACAUAGAUUUCAGUUUCUGGCAUAUGGACUGCCAGAGAUGCGACUAAUUUAUUAAAAGGCAUCUGCUUCAUAAUAAAUUAGAUGCAUCUCACUCCGGAGCAGGGAGAUCAAUAGUGGCAUAUGGGAACGGCAGUCUUUAUAAAUGUCCCUCAUUAACUUCAAGUUUAACAUACUCUCUGAAUACAUGUUAGGAAGUCACUUGUCGCUUCUUUUGUUUUAUAUGUUAUGCAACACAUUUCAAAUCAGCUGCAUAAAAAUGUUGUGUGAACUUGGGAAUGUAUUUUCCAUUGAAAGCAAUGGGAUGCUGUUUGCUUAUUUUUCAUGUAUUUAAUGUAAGACACACAGAAAUGCACAUGAAAAUGCAGUGUGAACAUACACACCUGCAAAAUGUAUGGGCUGCACGUAGGUAUAUUUCGUAUCGGGCAAAGUCGCACGAGACUUUAGUGUAUUAAUUCUGUAUUCCUAUCUGCCUAUCUGUGUCUUUAAAAAUAUUUUAAAUUACAUAGGAAUCCGAAGUCAGGUAUCAAGCCGAUUUCGGAUUCCUAUCGGAUUCCUUGCCUAUGGGCAUACAUUUUAAUGCUGUACGGAAAUAGCAUUAUAAUCAAAGUUCCAUUUACUGUAUAUUUUCCAGUGCUUGCAGCUGCCCGAAGCUGGGGGUGCUGGGUGUCAGACCUUUACCAUUCUGAUAUUGAUGACCUAUCCUGAGGAUAGGCCAUCAAUACCUAAGUCCCAGAAAAAUCAAUUAAAAGUAUAUUGUAACAUUUACAUCUCUCAAUAACCCCAAAUAUUUGCGCUAAUCACUAGUACUAGUAAUCACAUAGGAUAUACCAGCUAGUAAAACACACCAGCACAUUGUAAUAAAGGAGAUGUGCAGAUUAUUUCUAUUUGAAUAGCUUAAAUAGUGAACCAUAGCAACAAUGUUAUUUUUUCUUGUAAAGGCAAGUUAAUGACAUCAUCGGAUAAAAUGACCUUCCUCAGGGACAAUCGCAAUCAUAACAAUCACUCUAGUAUUUUGUAUGCUCUUGUAAUGUAAGAAAGCUGCCGAGAUAACAUUGAUAUCAAUGUACAUAUAAUAUGAGUACACUAGCUGUUAUUAAAAAAUACUCUGUCAACUGACAGAAUGAACCAAUCCUGAACAACAUUCCUAUGUCAAAGUUGUAAGUAUAGCAUCAUUUCACACAAAUCAUCUAACCCUAACAGAAAUGUGAUCUUGUAGAAAGGAUUACAUCUUUAUGUAUCUAGCAUAACUAUAUGUAUAGAAUAUAUGUUUUAGUUAUCUCUGUUGAAGAAUACUGCAACUAUAAAUAAUGUGAGAGAACAAAACUGGUCACCCAAAUGCUGAUCAAAAUAUUUAAACUCUCUCUAUCUGUAUGAAGGUAUACUGGAUUUUACAUCACAAUUUAUAAUUGUUGCUAUUUCUCAUGCAUUUUAUGUUAUACUUCUUAAUAGCAUAUGUAUUUAAGUCUAGCACUUUAAAUGGAACCAAUAGUCAAAGCAAUAGAUAUCCAGGUUGACACCUUUUCUUGCCAUCUCUUAGAAGUUGCCAUGUUUUGAUAUCCAAGUAGGGCCUUUUUCACACAGCUGCAGUGCAGAGCUUGAACACCGCAGAAGACUUUGAGACCUUGCCACACAUUUGCAUGCCACUGCUUUGAUGUGCAUUUUUCAUUUGUGGUAUGUUCUCUCCAAAGCUCAUUGCAGAGUUAUGCUCCUCAAGAAGAGUACGACUACACAGUCAGGGUUCUGUUUGCAGUUUUGGAAGCCAAAAUCAGUAGUUUAUCAUAAAAGGAGAGAAAGUAUAAAAGACAGAACUUCCAAAACUGCAUUCAGAAACCUUACUGUGUGGCCGUACCCGACUUAUUGCUUCUAGGGAAGAAUAACUCUCUGAAGCGGUAAUUUUCUGUGUAUGAGGCCUAAUAUUUUAAACAUAGCAGCAGAAUGGAAGUAGACACAUGCAUAUUUAUUUUCAUCUGAACUAAACAUUGCCAGGUUAUUAAUGGGGUUGUCCAGCUGAUUCAGAGUUUUGAAAAAAAAAAAGAUCAGAGUGGUGUAAAAUAAGAAAAGAUGCCUAAUAACCUUAGAAAACUCCUGCCACUCCAGUUUCAACUCUG